AAUGGCUUCAUCGGGAUAUUUUUAUUCGUAGAAUGCUCGUGCCCCACGUGGCGCAGCACAAAGUCGCGCUGUUCUUUCUUUUUAUUAUUAAAAGUUGCACGCUUCGGCUCAGCGUUCAAGAUUUACUUUCACUACGUAUUCUGCCUACUGCUUCUAAUGACUCAAUUUAUUAAGCGACGAUUCAAAAGAUCGCCUCCCUAUGCUUCGUCGCAUUGAUAUCGCACCUUCGAGAGAUCACGCAUGCGUACGGCUCGACAUAGAUUUACGACGCUCAAACGCAUUUUCAUUAUUCUAUCUUAUCGGAUUAACAGAGAUCGAAGCUUUUUCCUUCCUCUGGUCUUACGCUUUAUUUAUGGCCGGUGUACACAGAUGCGAAUCGUGAAUUAUUAGUGUUCGCAACAGUCACGCAAUAGCAAGAGAAUCGAGUUGAUGUUGUUUAAAAUAUAAGAUACGGUUCUUAAGAGAACGGAUACGUAAAAUUUGAAGUGGAAUAGAUUCGGCGGGGAAAGUUAAAUCACCGAUUCAAUCGUGUCAGUGAAUCGUAUAAUUUCCUGUAAUUAACAUUCUCCGUGCAAUCGCGUUAAUUGAAAUGCUGUGAGAAAAAAAGAAUCUAAUGGAAAGCGAAACGAUACCGUGCCUGUUCAAUAAUGUAUUUUCUGUGUUUUCAUAGAUAGAUAUUCUUUUAUCGUAUCGGCUUGAAAUUUGACAGGAGAUUCCAUGCGAUCGAGCUUGGUCACGGUGAUGUUAGGAUCGUAUCUUGAUUCUGCACUGGACUACCUUGGUGUCACCUUACAUUAUCCAGUGCAUGACGAUUAUACGUUUGGAAUUUGGAAAAAUUCAUUCCUGUCACGCAGCAUGGAUCAAACAACAGGUAGUUUAUCCCGAUAGAACCAUUCACCGUACCUUCUAAUUCCGUCUAGGCGAGAGAUUUUAGAUUGGUCGACGAAAUUGCAUAAAUUUCCGCGCUCGUUUAACCACAACGUUAUAUUACAAUUAAUAUCGAUCGUCUUUGUGAAAUACUGGAAUACAGUCUCCCGCAGGAGUUUACGCGUACGCCGUAGAAACGACAAAGGGCAAACAAUUUUACAAAGCAUCGCGAGUGCUUUUCGGGUAAAAAUCGGUGAAACCGGUUACACCCGUCCGUUCGAGUAUUCGUACACGGUGCACAAGCGCACGAGCCGUCGCAAGCUGUUAUACUGUUGUGGAUGUAGGCGCAGUACGGGCGAUAGUGUAAAAGGCGUAGGGCGGCCGGUUCUUUCGGAACGGCCCUGAGUACGGUGGGUAAUAGUGUCGAGGCGCCCGGUCGUCCAGUCGAGCCGCGACCACGGAGCGGUGAACGUGGACUCUUGUAAUAUCUCUUGAAUAUCGACGGAAUAAACAGGCAGGGGAACGGCUGGUAAACAUCAUUGUGUUCGACAUGAAUUCUUAUUCGAUCGUGCAGGGUUCUGGUGCGAAAGCUGGCUGCUGGUGGGUGGAUUUUCGUUCAGCUGAAAUUUCGCGUGCACAGGAGUAAACAGAGAGGGCGAACGAGGACACGCGAUUCGUUGAUGCAUGUUCACGCACGCGUACACCUUUCCUAGCAUACAUACACAUCAACAUGUAUGUACAUUAUACGCAAUGUGUAUUCUAGCGAUCGUGGCCAGGUUCGCGUGACUGUUUUAACGUCAAUUAAUCGUCAAAUCCAAGUUUGGUAGUCAACGCUCAAUGGAAAGUACUCGUAGCAGCAUCUGUCGUAAAACUGGGCGGUCGUUCGAUGACUACUUUUGAAGCAGACCUUGAGGCAAAGCUGCGUUUAUGAAAACAUUGACAAUACCGGAUACGUCAAUAGCGAUCCUCGACUCGAAGGAAAAAUAAAGAGAAAAAAGGGAACGAAUACGUGAUCAGUACGUGGAGAAUUUCUCGAAGGCAUCCUUGAGCUCGUUGUCAAGGAGAGAAAGAUAAGAGUGAAUCGGUUUCCAACUGUCGAUACGCCUGAUUUCGUUGCAUCCGCGGUUGCACGAAAGAGACACCUCGCGAGAGAAAGACAAUCACGAACGUGUGUCGGUGGAACGAUUCGGAAUUGUAUGCACCCGUGUCCUGGUCUGCAUCGCGUUUUGCAGCACGCCGUGGGCCCCGAAGGCUCUGUCUAAGUAACAGUACUUCCUCGCGCUCCCUGGAACAAGCCUCUCUCCCGAAGAACGGGACCCACACUCCACGAGUCCGCUCUCCACGUUCUCCUGGCUCUUCGUCCCUCGUCUUACCGCCGCGCGUCCGCACCGCACCGCGGCUAGCUCACUCUCUUUCUAUCCGUAUCCCUCUCCUUUUAUCGUGACCGAAGUAGUCUGUCCGGUCGAGCACGGGGAGUCUCGUGAAACCAGUCCUCGUACGGUGGACCUCUCGGUUGGGACCUGGCUAAGGAGAGGAGGUUGCUCGCUUCUCGUGUAAACCGGCACCUUUUGCACCUGCCGCCGCGUGAUACAAAACGUUUUUCGGCUUUCCAACCAACAUCGCUCGACGUUUCAACGGGAUACCGGUGACCAGAGAUUUUCCGCGAAUGUUUAUCAUUCGCCUAACGGAGUGAUUUCAACCUCGAACGAGGACCGCUGUGUGUUUAUUCCACGAACCAGUCCUGCCAAUCGGAACACGCACCGCUCGUUCCUUAAGUGGCACGCUUUUGUAUCCAACGCGAUAAUUCAAGUAUCCGGAUAAUAUUUUUCGAUCGUACCACCAUCCACGCGAGUGUUUGCGAGUGAUUUUUAUCGUCAACGCGAACCGUCAGUUUGAAGUAAAGCUAAAAGCGUUGUUUCAAUUAAUAGGAAAGUGAGAGAAAAAGACUGCUAGCAAAAUUUUUAUCAUUCGUUAAGCGAACGUGAUGCUCCUGUCAGAGUACGCGACAGUUGAUUUGCUCAUAGCUCGUUUUUGGAGGACACUCAAAAUUACAGACAAGAAAAGUAUUACGGAUUUACGGAACAGAAUUCAGUAAAUAUUGAAACUGAUAAGACGCGCGAGUGAAAGAUCCGCGUUAAACCACCGCCGCCAUGACAAUCACUAUCCAAUCAUACCGGAGGUUAAGGUGUACCAUACGAAACUAACAAUAAGAUGAACGAAGAAAUUUGGUAUUUUGAGAGUGCAAAGGUUGUCGCGAACGGUACAGCUGCAGGAUUAUCAAGCUGGUGAAAGAGAGGUUAUGUGCCUCUCUCCGGACUCGACCUAACCUCCAAGUGUCUCGGUCGCGAGUCCCACUAAUCUAAUUUGUGCCUCUUACCUCUGAGUACUCGAAGGAUACCUCGGCCGUUCGUUACGACAUUUAACUUCCUUUUAUUAUUCUCGAAGCACCGUUCUUCGAUUUCGUCAAGCUGGAACCACGAACGAACACAUCACCGGUCAACGGGAGAUUUCGACCCGCCAUUAUUGAAAUCGUUUAACACGUUCCCCCGUGUGAGAGUACUCGUUUAAACGGGUCCUGAAGGUCUACUUUCCUUUGCGUGCCUCGAACGACACUCGAGAACUACGGAAAUACAGUUCAGUUAACUUUUAAAAAUUGUCCCGACUAAAUAGUGUUAACGUAUUCGACAUUUAUGCGCGCUAGUUUGCGACAGUCUUGAAGCGCGGUUCGAUCGCGCUAGCGUAAUCGAUUAUCGAGCCAUCUCGAUUCAGUUGACGCGUGAGAUCGCACAGUGACGCGAUUUACGCGGCGAGGUGGUUGAUCUGUGGAGGGAUCAUAAAGAGAAAAGGUGAAAAAUAAAUGUAAAUACUGUUAAAAUCACAGUGAUUUGGUUUUUCUCGCGUGUGCGUCUCUGUUCGUGCGUUAUAUUUUCUCAAUCGGUACUUGUGCCGUGUGUUUUACUGCCGAGACGAAUCGAUGGAUCGACGCUGAGGAAGUUGGCUUGGAGAAUUCGCGGAGAAAGAGCCAGAAAUGAAGACCACACAACGUGCACUGAGUUUCGACGAGACGUCGAUGGAAAGCUGCCCGUUGUCAGCGAUCAGCGAUGUUAGAGGGAACGAUUCGUCGAAGGAGGUGCAGAACGAGGUGGAGGUGACAUCCCUGGAGGAGGCGAAGUCGGUGAUAGCCGCGUUAAGAGCGAGGCAAAGGGCACAGGCGCAUCAGAUGCUCGCCUGGCGGAGGACCCUGAAAUUGCAGGAAGACCUGGUGGCCCGGUUGACGAGAGAGAAGGCCGAGCAACUGCGAACAUUGUCCUCGCAGUUGCUGCUAUUCGAAUCGAGGCUUUGUCGGAAGCAGAAGGAGAUCGAGGCUAGCCUGGCUCAACGAGAAUCCAUUAUUCUCCGACAACAGAGGGUGAUUCGGCAACUGCAAAGCAGAUUGGCGGAAAGAAGCGCCGGGACGCGGGAUUCGCCACCCUGCGACGCUCUCGACAGAUUGGACAGUCUGGGUGAUAGCGACAGCGCCGUGGUCCUCGAGGAGGCUGCCGAUGACCUCGCACCGCCAAGAUUUCGUUCGAACAUCACCGACGUGACGGUGAUUCGUUCGGUGUCGGACGCUGUUGAACCGUCGAGUAAAUACUCGUCGAUGCGGCGGUGCAAUGGAUUCCUCAGGAGACCGGAAAUCCUCGAGACCGUUUACUCGGUCGAAGAGGACGCCGACAGUGAAAACAAUCAGGACCCGUCCGAGUCCACGGAAAACUCUGAAUGCGAGGAACGACGGGCAAAGAACUUGGGGAACGGAAAGGGCAGGCUUCAGGAUCUCUAUGGGAGCUUCGAGAGGCUCGCUCAAGAAGCGGAUUCCCCGCCCAGCGAGAGACCUAGGGACGAAAGCCAACAAGCACAGGUAACGUACAACAGGGUAAUGAGCAAUCACAGAUCAGUAACGAAGCCAAAAGACGUGAAAUACAAGAGGAUAAACAAGGCGAAGUCGAAGAGUCUGGAAGAGUUGAGAGGUCGGUUGAGAAACUGGGUUGAGAAAGGUAACAAAAUCGCUAUAUCGUUGGAUCAGUCGUACGCCUGAACCUGUAUCUUCUGAAAGUAUAGAGAGAAUCGUUUAAAGCCAUGAUUGUUCAUCGACGCAACGUCUUUGCGAUCACCAGAGGUAAUUAUGGAACUUAUUCCGAGGCGUGAUCGCCGGCCCGGUAUAAUUCAUUGAAAUUCUCAUCGCUCCAUGUGAUAUUUACUGUAGUGUCUCGAGAAUUAAUUAGAAAAACAUUCCGCACUGUGGAAUAUGUUGCGCGUGAACGAUUUUCAACGUUGUUUGUGAUAUAUGUAUACAGGAUAACGAAGAAAAAGGGUUCAGAACUUACAGGGUACUCGCUAAGUCGAGUGAAAAAUGUUUAGCGAGCUCGUUCAGACCUUCUCCUCUCCUCCUUUCCUUCCUAUCCUGUAAUUAAAAACAUUUGAUAAGUAUAAAAGAAAAAAUCAACAAAUUUUUUGCAUAUGAUUUCUAUGAAAGAAACCAAAGAAUUGUACCAAAAGAAAGAUUAGCAAUUUGUGCUCAAAGUGUCGGCUUAGUUGACUUUCAGAGAUUUUCAGUUGUUUCCUCUAUUAAUAAUAAUUCUUAUUGAUUUUCUGUAUACCCGUCAUCAAGAUUUUUCACUCCAAAUGACGAGUACUAUCUGUGAGUACAAAACCCUUUUCUUUCAAACACCCUGUGUAAUGAUUUUACAGUAAUAAGACCAGGUUAUUCUAGUGAUAAUUACUGUCACGUUCGAAACGAUAAGUGAUUUUCGCGAGAUUUUCUUCUUUUCUUCUCCGUAUAAAAUCCGCGUAAUCGAGUGUACUUUUCUCUUUGUAUUCGCUCCUCUCUAAAAAUCACGUUUCACGACGUUAGGAUAUGUACUGCGAUAACAUUGUGCCCGUCAAAUCGAUUCCUUUUCCGUCAAUUAAGACCACAAUUGAUUGUUCGACGCAAAGCUUCAAUCAGAAAAACGAUACGUAGGUACGUUCACUGUUUUUUAAAAGGACAGACCAGAUAUCUACGCAUUCGUACAGACCUGAGCUCAAGUUUUUACCGCUAUCUGUCGCGUCGUUUUUCCUCCCCGUAUACACUUUGUCUACACCGCGAGAAAUAUUAAGCGAUUAACGUUUCCGAUGCAUCAAAUGCGAGACUUAAUUAACGUUUCACGUGGGAUACACUUCUUUCCUCUAAUGGUCGCGUCUGAACGUUGAAGAUACGUGCCACUCUUCGCUUUUCUAUAAGAUUUCCUGUUCAGCUCACCGGAAUCGCUCGCCCGACUGAUCGAACUAAUUAACGCUCUUCGUAAUUAAGAAAAUCAUCAAUGAUAAUGUACCUUUCUAAGUAAUCCGUGUUAGGGUCCUCGUUAAAGGACAUAGUUAAUUCGGCAGUAUUGCGAAUCGAUCGCUUCAAUCAGUCGAGCGAUCAAACUUUUCUAAUAUAAGAUUGAAAGUUUUCUAAACUCUAAUUAAUUUCGGAUAAUCAAUAUCUAUAAACAUGUGAUGCAUUUACAGACUCGUAUACAGCACGAUUAAAAUUGCUCGUUAAGACACGAAAGUCACACUCUGUAGCAUAAUAUUUUUCGAUCGUUCUUUACGCCAAAAUCGGUAACACGAACAAGAACGGCAUUUUUUAAUUUAUUAAUCGAUAAAGACAACAAGGCGAUAUAAUUAUUACGCCUUGUUCUUUAUAAAAGUGAGAAAGAAAGAGAGAGAAAUCCUUGAGGGUACCUGUCUUAAAUUUAAAGCUACGUAGAGGAGUUUCUGUUCGAAAUAGAUUUUCUAUUUUCUAAACGUGUCUUCGAAAAGGAUAUAAAGGUAACAAUCGACAAUCCCUACUUCCGAAGAGAAAUACAUAUAUAUAUAUACAUAUAACGUUAGAAAAAAAGUCUACAGAUAAUUGAUUUUUUUUUCUUUUUGUAAAUAAAAAAUGAUAAGAUACGUAUGUAAUAUUUUAUUGCUAAGAUUCCUCGGAAUUCUACAAGAUUAUCAUGUAGAUAGUCGCGUCCCGCGAAAAUUUAAUAAAUUUUAACGAUAUA